CCCCCCUUACCUUCUCCUCCCCAGCUCAUCGGGCCUCCGAGAGCAUCUGUCACCGCAGGGGGCCAGCCAGGGAUGAGAUGAAUGACCCCCCAGUGGAUUCCCUCCCUCCUCAGCAAAUGGCACAGGACAGAGGAGAGCGCAGAGGAGUUAGGGGGAGGGUUCUGUGUGGACGUGUGUUUGUUUGCAUGUGAGUGAGAUAGAGAGGCAGAGUGGGAAUGAGAGUUUCUGCCUCACCGAGAGGAAUUCCCAAUUCUUUCUGUGGAGAAUCAUGACAACGGUGACUUCAAGGAAAGACUGAAGCUCCACGCGUGCACACUGCCUGGAGAAAUUCCCAAAAAAGGACCUAACAUGGACUAAAUUUGAGGAAGAUCUGCUGUGCCUGCACAUUUUUGGGAUUUUAAGGGCUUGCCAACUGGUGGAGGAGUCAUGGAAGGCCCUGCUGUAAGGAAUGACGCGUCUUUGCUGAUCGUUUCUGCUGAUUGGUAGAAAUCCAGCAUGUAGCACAAGUGAACGAGUCCCUUCACGCCUGGGAACAGAUCAACAUCAUAAUGGGGAAUUCAUAUGCGGGGCAGCUGAAGUCCGCUCGUUUUGAAGAGGCUCUGCACAACUCGAUAGAGGCGUCGCUGCGCUCCAGCAGCGGAGACCCACAGCCCAUCUUCACACAGCUCUACUUAGACCCCGAGCCCUAUUCAGGUAACAUGGAAGCAGACGUGAAGUCCAAAGCUGACAUGGCGCUUCAAAGCGGGGAGAACCCGGGGCAUGAGCUAACCAACGGUAACUCCUCCAAUGAUGUGGAGGAGCUGGAGGAGGAGGAUGACUCUGACAGCAGCAGUCCUCCUCUUCCCUACCUGCAAGCCCCUGCACCCGAUGGCUGCUGCACUCUCGACGGGUUCUGUCAGGCUGGUAAGGAUCUCCGUCUGGUCACCAUAGCAACAGAAUCCAUUGAAGUCCCAGCAGGCUUCGAACUGGUUGGUGCCAAGUCCCCCAGCAUCCCUGAGCACAUCCUGGUGUGUGCCGUGGACCGCCGCUUUUUGCCUGAUGAGAAUGGGAAAAAUGCACUUUUAGGUUUUUCAGGAAACUGUGUGGGCUGUGGUGAGAAGGGUUUUAGAUACUUCACUGAGUUUUCCAAUCACAUCAACCUGAAGUUGUCCACCCAACCAAAGAAGCAGAAGCACUUAAAAUACUACCUGGUGAAGAAUUCUCAAGGUGCUCUGUGCAAAGGACCCCUUAUCUGCUGGAAAGAUGUUAGCCUUUUUCUGUUCAGAAGAAACGCUUUUCCUUCAAAAAACAGUAAAACCCAUCAGUUUUCCAGCUGUGCAUCAGCCUCCAAACCGAACUCGUCGUUGUCACUAAGCAGCAAAGAAAACGGCGCCACCAGCGGGCACAGCUCCCCUCCAUUCUCCCAUUCAGAUUCUCCACCCACCAGGAUGGUGCAAGCCUCCACUGUCUUUUUCGGCAACCAGGACCUUGGAAGAGACUGUAGUUUCCUCAAACCUGUCACAUCCACUCCAGGAACCAAGACUCUGCCAAUAGUACCCACAGCUCUCCGGGUGACCGGGCCAACUAGUAACCUGGGUGUUGAUGCGCACCCUUCCUUACUGGGCACCUCCCAGGUCUCCAUGGUGCCCCCGAGUCACGGGUACCGCUCAACUGACUUAGGAGACAGCCCCGUUUCAUCUGCCAUGAACUCCGGUCCUCCAAAGAAGCGUCAUCGUGGCUGGCACCCUGCCCCACUGGUCCCCGUCCCACCGACAGCUGUCCCUGUGCCCGCCAUCCGGCCGAUACUUUGCUCUCCAGGCCCUGUUCUAGCUGUCUCCUCUCCUCAGCCACUGGCGACAGGUGUCAUCCAGCCUCAGCCCGUCAGCGCAGGAGAAACGGUCAUCGUCCCAGAGAAUCUGCUCAACUCCUCAGGAGUGCGUCCCGUCAUCCUAAUUGGCCAUGGCACUUUACCUUAUUUCUAUGGGAACGUUGGCAACAUAGUGGUGAGCCCCCUGCUGGUCAGUUGCUAUAAGAGCAGCAAGCUGACCGAAAAGACCCUGGAGACUUUGGGCCUCCACGGCAGCCAGAUACUCAGCGUGGACACGAUGAUAUUGCUCACGCUGCAGUAUCUUGCACGUUUAGGUUCUGAGCAGAUUCCUCUCAGGGAGGAGCUGGAGCAGAUAGUUCUGAAAGCCAUGCUCUGCUGUCCUGGGAACCCCUCCAUCUCUCCGGCCCAGCUCCCUUGGCUGGCUCGGCUCGAAGCAAGCGUCUCUGGCGGUAGCGUCCACGUGGUCAUUGCCCACAGUUCUUUGGGGGAGGGCAUAUCAGAGUCCCUGCGUACUCUCAGUGAACGUCCUCCCCACCAGCAGCGGUGCCUGCCAACCUACGUGGUCAUUAUAUGUGCCUCGAAAAUAAGCGGCAAUGAGUUUUGUGUGCUUGUUUUGGGAAAGUACCAAGCACGUGCCUUAGCUGAAGGAAUGCUGACAACCAACGAGUUUCUGAAGGAAAUAAGCUACGAACUCAUCACGGGGAAAGUCAGCGUCCUGGCUUCUCACUUCAAAACCACUUCUCUUGGGGACAAUCUUGACAAGCAACUCGUACGAUACCAGCGCAGACGCAAAGGACAGGUCAUCCAGCCCUUUCAGGGCGAUGUCACUGACCACAUCCACUCCCAGGAAGCUGCCAGCAUGUCGCCACCACCAGACACAGCUGAUCUUCUGAAUAAGGUCUUUCAGAUCUAUCCGGCCCAGCUGACCGUGGCUCGUAGCCUCCUCUCUCAGGUCUGCUCCAUCGCCGAUUCAGGGACCCAGAACCUGGACCUGGGUCGCUUUUGUAAAGUGGACUUUCUGGUUCUGGUCCCUCCCUCUCACAUUCUGGUUCACCAAACGGCACAGCGCAUCCGACAGUCAGGAGUGCUCGUCGACCUGGGGAAUGAAGAUGCCUUUACGGCUCACCAGAGAUCAGAAAAGUACGUGGUGCGUCUAGAUGCUGACGUCCACACCAAGAUGGAGGCCUUCAUGAAGAAAGUCAAGCAGAACCCCUACACCCUGUUUGUCCUCAUUCACGACAACUCGCACGUCGACCUCACGAGUGCUCUGUCGGGCUCCGUGUGCCACGGCGAGCUGCAGGGUCUCGCUGACCGGGUGGUGAACUGCCAGGAAGUCCUGGAUGCAAUGAACCUCUUGGUCCUGCAGGUCAGCUGCUUCCCCUACACUCUGCAGACCCGCCAAUCACGCAUCAGCACCCACAACGAGAUCCACUGGCCUUCCACCGAAAGUCUGCAGAGGGAGCAGUCUCCCGAGGACACUGUCUACUUUGGCCUGAGGGACUACAGCAGCUCCCUGCAGUGGGGCGUGGCCAGUCCCAUCCUGCGCUGCGAUGACGCCUUUGAGAAGAUGGUUCAUACUCUCCUAGACAAACACCCCCACCUUCACAGCAUGGUGAUACGCAGCUAUCUGCUGAUUCAGCAGUACACAGAGGCCAUGAUGGCCCUGACCUCUUCCCCGUCCCUGAGGGACCACAUAACCCCGGAGACCCUGGCCAUGGUGGAGGACCUGAUCAACGCUCCCAGCCGCGAGGGAUCCCGGGGCCGCGGCCACAUGCUGCUAGUUCGUGUCCCCUCCCUGCAGCUGGCGAUGUUGGCUCGAGAGAGAUUAGAGGACGUGAGGGACAAGCUGGGCCUCCAGCUGUGCUUCGCAGUGCUGCUGGGAAGUCCUGUGUCCGAACUCAGCUUGUCCAGAAACUUCAUCAACCUUAUCAAGACGUGGCGAGACUGCGAGAGUGAAGACUGGGUACCGCACACUUAUGAAGAUCUGGAAGGGUUGCCCUGUAUUGUCAUUCUCACAGGAAAAGACCCUCUGGGAGAGACUUUUCCCAGGUCUCUUAAAUACACUGACCUGCGUCUGAUCGACUCCAGCUAUCUGACUCGAACAGCCCUGGAGCAGGAGGUGGGUCUGGCUUGUACCUAUGUGUCUAUGGGUGUGGUCCAGGAGUCCAGGACAGCUGUGGCUCCUCGGGACUCAGACGGGGAGAAGACCACCAUCAGCUUGAAUGACGGAGAUGAGCUGGAGAGGCCUCAGAGCAACGGCAGUGCUGCUACCAGAACGUCUGGCUCCUUGGCUGAGAAUGGGGUCAGCUCAUCAGACGUAGCUGAUUCUUUUCAGAAGCCCUCCACCUCCACUUCCCAACCAGAAGGCGUCCUAACCUCGGACAUCAGCACGCUAACCGAGAGAUUCAAGCAGGAGUGCGACUCUCCAGGAAGCCAGCUUUCCUCCAACCCUUCAAAAACCACCAAUGCUCCUCCAUCUCUCUACUCCAGCUCCUCAUCUUCCUCCCCCUCCACAUCCUCCUCCUCCACCCAGAGGCCCAGCCAGUCCACGCAGUGCGGCCGAGCCUCCAAGUCCUCUAGGGUGUCACCUCGGACGGUCAUUUUGUCAAGAGCUGCGUACAGCCUUCUGGCGGGAGAGUCGGGGAGUCAGCUGAGCUCCUUCUCACUUCUUCCUCAUGCUGACGUAGCCUGGAGCAGUCCACUGAGGCCUCCCAUCAAUUACAACCCACAGGGGGAAGAACAGAGCUCGUACUACCGCCAGUGGACUGUUGCCAGGCAGCAUCAUGCUGAUUAUGAAGCACCGCCCGACCCGCAUCCACGGCGCCUGUUACUCAGCGGACCGCCACAGAUUGGGAAAACUGGUGCCUACCUCCAGUUUCUACGUAUUCUGUUUCGUAUGCUCAUAAGAUUGCUGGAGGUGGACGUGUAUGAUGAGGAGGAAGAUGGCGAGGAAGAAACAUCUGACGUUACAGCUCCGGUACAUUCCCAGUGGCCUGACAUUGAGGAAGUUCGAAAGCUUCCCUUUGAUCCCAGUCCCAGAGACCCUAAGUUCAAGAAAGCCAGCCCUGUUUACUGUGACAAGAUGCCAAAGAGCUCAGGAGGGUUUAAGCAGGAAGAGAGCCACAGGCAGGCCAAGCGAGUGACUAAAUCUAUACGGCUCAGCAGAUUCGCUGCCCACAAUUCUUUCCAUCACUGUGAGCAGUGUCACCACUAUUGUGAGGCUGUUCCUGCAACACAGCUAUCAGAAUGCUCCUUACAUGCGUUCACCUUCUGCUCAUCUAUGCUGGGAGAGGAAGUCCAACUCCAGUUUUUCAUUCCCAAAUCAAAGGAGCAGCACUUUGUAUUCAGUCAAGAGGGCAGCCAUUUGGAGAGUUUACGUCUGCCUCUGGCCUCCAAGGACCCCGACCUUCUGAAGAGUCCGAUCUUCACCCCAACAACGGGGCGGCAGGAGAACGGCCUGCUCAACCUUUUCCACGCCAUGGAGGGCGCUGAUCAUCUGCACAUCCUGGUGGUCAAACAGUUUGAGUUGCACCACUACAGGAAGUACUGGCCCAACCACAUCCUGCUUGUCCUGCCUGCCAUGUUCAACAAUGCUGGAGUUGGAGCUGCUCGCUUCAUGAUCAAAGAGCUGUCAUAUCAUAACCUGGAGCUGGAGAGAAACCGCCUGGAGGAACAGGGUGUCAAGAGGCAAGACGUGUGGCCUUUCAUUGUCAUGAUGGACGACUCCUGUGUGCAGUGGAACACCUGCCAGUCAGCAGAUGGGAGUGACACGUCAGACGGAGGCUCUAGUCUCUCCAAUGUGUCACUGAAGUCGGUGCUGCAGCAGAUGGAGAACACGCCAAAGAUCUCCCUGUAUGCCAUGUGUGGCAUCCGUAAGUGGAGCAGCAGCCUACCUUGCAGGUCUCCCAGCAGCCCCUUCAGCCGUUGUCAUCUUCAUGACUUUGUGAUGCUCAACGUGGACCUGACCCAGAAUGUUCAGUAUGAUCUUAACCGGUAUGGCUGUGAGGAGGUGGAUUUUAAUCUGAGGGUUAAUAGCAGCGGGCUGCUCCUGUGCCGCUUCAACAACUUCUUCCUGAUGAAGAAACACAUUCCAGUCGGGGGAAACAAAGACUUUGUGGUCAAACCUAAACUCAUGGAGAUAGAAAACAAAGCUUCCAUCAGCCCUUCGCAGUACGUUUGCGCCCCAGACAGCGAGCAGACCCUAUUAGAGGCGCCGGCACAGUUCCUGCUGGAAAGCUUCCUGCAGAACUGCAGCCACAGACUGUUUCCAAAAGCUGUUCAGAACAGAAACAACCCAGUUCUGUCCAUCGACAGCUACCUCAACCUCAGCCCAGAGAUCACCGUGUGCUACAUCAACUCUCGUCCACACUCCACCAAUCUUAACCAUCAGGGUUUGGUGUUCAGUGGCCUCCUGCUUUAUCUCUGUGACUCCUUCGUUGUCUCUGGACUCCUCAAGAGGUUCCGCUUUCUGAAAGGCGCCACCCUCUGCGUGAUCUGUCAGGACCGAAGUUCCCUGCGUCAGACCAUCGUCCGACUGGAGCUGGAGGACGAGUGGCAGUUCCGCCUUCGGGACGAGUUUCAGACAGCCAACUGCAGCGAGGAUCGGCCCCUGUACUUUUUGACUGGCCGCCAUGUUUGAAAAGAGUUCUGUUGGAGAUUCAAGAGUAGAUUUAAACCAGCCAGCAGCAACAAUUCUGUUAAGGCAGGCGGCUGUUCCUAGAGCCGUACUCCUACAGCAGCGCACCAAGCCUGACUACAAACUUAACUACCCCCCUUAAAAAAGACUGCUGUGGGGAGGAGUACAACUGAACUUAAAAUGUACAAUUUAGUCGUCAUAUUUUGCUAAAGUGGACACCCUCUGAUCUGUAGCAGGACCUUCGGAGGAUUGUGUGUGUGUGUCUCCACGAACUUUGAUUCCAGUGUGUCCAUUCCUGGACAUUCACAUUUAUCUCAGGGUUUCUAAUAAAGGGAGAUGGAAGGAAAGUGACUUACAGGCGUUAGGCUGUUCCUCCCUCCUAACAGUAUGUAUUUAGCAUUAACUUAUGUCGGCACCAAAGACUCAGCUGCACCUUUUCUCCUUUUGCUUUCAGCUCUGCCUCUGAAACUCCACGAAACCAUUAUAUAAACACAGAGUUUAGCGUUUUACGGCAUUUCAUCAAUAAAAUGAACAAAUUCUACUCUUUAUAUCAAUAUAUGUUGAACCAUAAGUAAAUAUUUAAUCUAGCACAUUUAAACAUUUCUAUUGUGCCUCUAAAAUAUUUGUGGCAUCGAUAAUCUUUUAUGACAGGAAGCUGUGUCGGGGUAGGUUUUCGUUUCCAAAUGACUGAAAUUUCACAACUUGAGGAAGUUUACGAGUUGUGGCUUUUAGAGAAUGUAAGGCUUUAUUGUUGUUUUGUGACUUGAACUGAAACCCAGGCAAUACAACCCCGACUUAGAUGCAGGAAUCAGGUGUUAACACCAAUCACAGCUGCUCUAAUUUCCCUCUGGGAUUAAUAAAGUAUUUUUGAAUUUAAUUAGAAUUGAAUUGUGAACUCAAAUUGUAAAACAAACGUUUGACAUUUUUGACAUUUUGCUGACUUGACUGCUGUGCAAAAUGUCACAAUCAAGCUUCCUCACUGCCAAUCAUCUCACUUGGGACAACAGAUCCCGUUGUCUUUUCAUGCGGCUGACUGUUUUGUCUAUCUCAGCUGCCAUUUGUGUACACCCACCACCACCACCCAACAAACACACACCCUACACUGAAAGAAAUGGUACUCAAGAAGGUGACACAAAAGCAGCUUGUCAAGCCAGUGACAUACUUGAACGUUUUUGUUAUGUUUCUCCACAGGGUUGUCCAAAGAAUAUGCCUUAAAUGAUGUUAAACACAAGUAACCUGUUCCAACGACCAAUGAGAAUGGAGAAUGAUUGUGAGGCCAAGACUUGGACUUUGUCUGACUGAUGCUGGAUGAAAUUAUUGGCUUUUGGACUGCUGUGCUGUUUAAAGCUUUGUUUACAUUAUUAAUAUAUUUUAUCAUCCCCACCCACCCCCACCCUCUGAUGGUUAAAAUAGUUAGUUUUUGGUUGUGUCCGUCUCCAUUUUAUGCUACGGAGGCAAAAAUAAAUUACCUAGAUAUAUUGUUAGAUUUUAUUGAAAAAAAAAAAAGGUCCAUAUAGGAUUUUUUAAUUUAUUUGACAAGCAUUUUAGAAAAAUAAUCCUUUUGAAGUGUGAUACCCACGUUAGUGUUUGCACAGGAAUCCAACCGGAUGAUUGAAUGUCCUUGGGGGUAGGAAAUAUAAACUUGCACUAUUCAAGUGGAUUAUUAUAAGUGAAACAAAUUGGUCCAAAUGUAAGACAGGUAUCAUUCUCUAUUGGUCCAUCGAAUGUGUUUUUUCUUUCUUUAAAUCAAAUUCUUAAUAUGCAACUUGCUCUCACAAUCUUCACUAAUAGGUGUUUCAUGUGUUUGUGCAGCUCACUGGUAGCCUUGGUGCCCUGGUUAAUCUACCUCAUGUUUACCAUUGUGAUUGCUGGCUGUGAAAAAUAUAACAGUCAAGUCCUGUUAUUGUUGUUGAAAUGUAUGAAUGUAAUAAAAAUUAGUUCUAAA